AUGGAUACCCUGGUUACAGUUGGCGCCAUAAUUGUGGCAAUAGCCCUUAAGCUGCUAUUCUUCUAUUUUUAUGCUAAAAAUGCAGAAAAGAAAGCGCCAAAGAAGUCUGAACCCUUCGAGUUGGUGCAGAAGGCACCUGACGGCGCCAUUAGGAAGCGCGUGCUGGUCACUGGAGGCUGCGGGUUCCUGGGAAGCGCCAUCGUACGCCAACUAAACGAACGUCUGGGCAAAGAUGUCUCUGUCGUUGUUUUGGACGUCUCUGUCACCGCGAAGUUUGGCGAAUUGCUCCCGGACGUUACGUACUACAGAGGUGACAUCUGUACGUACUCUCAUGUCCGUGCUGCCGCCGCGGAUUGUGCAUGUGUCGUACACACUGCCGCGCUAGUCGUCAGUUCGGUCGUCAAGGAUGCAGCAAUGAUCCGUGUCAACAAGCAAGGCACCCGAAACGUCGUGGAAGCCUGUCUGGAACGGGAUGUGAAGGCACUGGUGUACACUUCAUCAGCCUCGGUGGUGUUCAGCAGGUCCUUAGCUCGUCCGUCGGGCGGAGGCGGUGUUAAGGAGCCCAUUUCCGAAAGGACCGAAGCGCUAAUGCCUGAAGACCUGAACGGUGCUUACCCUCUCUCCAAGGCAGAAGCUGAGAGGCUGGUGCUGGCGGCCAACAGCCACGUAUUGCACGUGGUGGUGCUGCGGCCAGGAGGAGUAUACGGCAUUGGGGAAGAGGCCCUGGCGAAGAGCAUCCUCAAUGGCCAGCCGUACAUCGGGCCAGGGGUUGCCCGCGUGCCGUUUGUAUGGGUGGAGGAUGCCGCGCGCGCGCAUGUCGACGCAGUGGAGAAGCUGCUGUUCCCGAAGCCAGACGCUCCACGCAUCCACGGUCGGGUUUAUCACCUGUGCCAUGACCCGGUGCGGGACCCUUUCCGAUACAGUGAAUUCGCCGGCGGCUCGUUGAAUGCGGAGUCAACUGCCCACAAGGAUGCCGCAGUGAAAGCGGCGGAACGGGAGGCGGGUGUCACAGACCCGCCGCCUGGGAUCAAUGCUUACGGCCGGCGCUGCAACCCGUCUUGGCCGCGCGCCUUCUUCGGCCUACUGGCGCACAUUAACUACUUUGUGGGUCAGACGAUGGGGGCUGUGCUCCUGCACGCCAGCCUCACCCCAAGCAACUUGCUGUACUCGACUAACGACUGGCCAUGCGACGUGUCAGAUGCUCGUCGUUUGUUGGGCUGGGAACCGACGCCGUGGCGGGUGGUGGCAGCGCGCCUGGGGAUGGAGGCGGUUGCUGGAACCGCGAGAGGCGGCGUGCAUGGCGUUGGAAAGACCAAGACGGCAUGA